AUGCCGAGGCGACCCGGUUCCCAGGACCCACAGGGCGUGUCCGUCAGCGCCCAACACCAGGGACCCGGUCGCACCGCCUUGAUCACGCCCCCCGGGAAAGCGGCUCCCAGCUCACCGCGACCGCCGCCCGGCGCCAGCCAGCCAGCCGCCUCGCGCGACCCCAGCCCCAGGCCCUCGACCCCCGCCCGGCCCUGGCCCCACAGGACACGCCCCCCCCCCCAACACGGCACGGCGAUCCUGGUGCCACACCCGGCAGCGUGCCCACUCUCUCCCGGCCACUGCGUCCCGCCCCCGCCCAGGCCCCGCCUCGCCCCGCCCCGAGGCCCCGCCCAGGCCCCGCCCGCUCACAGCGCGCGGGCUCGGGGGCGGGGCGGAGACCGCCUGGGUCUCGCGACACCGCGGCCGCGCUCGAGUUCUCGGGCCGCCGUGUGA